AUGUUCGAUGCCGUUGAAUUUCUUCCAAGUGUCAACUCUGACUCUCCUACCUCGUCUCCGACGAGCAGUGUCCUGCCUUCGCAGUCACAGCUGCUGGAGCUAACUCGUAUCUUCUUCCAACAGCAUCAUCCAUUGUUACCGUGUAUCCAUGCACAGGCUAUCCUGGAUCGGAUCUCGGACCCUCAAUGGGCGGAGUCGUCUCCCUUGAUGUGGAGUAUUCUCGCUACUGUUGCGCGCAGUAGCGAAGCAAUCGAAAUUCUAGCUCAGCGAAAAAUGUGGUAUGAACGUGCCAUGUUCUUAUAUGAGCGGAGUGUAGUAUCCAACGGAGAUGUUUUGCGGAACGUCCAAGCAGCAGUCUGGAACGUCUAUCUCCAAUUCAUGGAAGGUGACAUCCUACAAGCUUCUCUGCGCCUAGCCCAGGCUUAUACACUGGCUUGCAUGCAUGGAUUUAAUCGAAUAGACGAUGAUCGUAAACCGACACAUGUCAAAAUACCUCUUGCUCAUGCCAUGGAGGAAGAAGAAUGUCGCUGGACAAUGUGGGCUUUUUUUCUGCUGGAUCGACAUAUAAAUUACCUUCACGGUGUACACUUUGUCGUGAAUGAUCACAUGUUUUAUGUGAAUUAUCCUUGCAAUAACCUGGCGAAUUCGCCUUCGAUCGAGAUUGCGGAUGCCGAGCUAUUUUCCCGAGACUUGGAAUUAUGGAGUCUAACACUUCCCCCGGGCAAGUCAAGCGGUAUGCCAAUAACCCGUCUCUUCCAGAAAGCCGUGGUCCUCCUAGGACGAAUUGUCGAAUACGAGAAUAUCGUACCCAUCGAUGCCGACCAAAAGCAGAGGGCAGCCGAGUAUCUGAAAUUGCAAUCCACCCUGGUUCAAUUCUGGAUUCCCGUAUCCACGCAUCUAUCCAAUGCCUUCCAUGAUCCAUACGUUACCUGGCUCAACAUUAUCCUACACACCUGCUCCAUCCUACUAAACUAUCCCGUAUCAGUUUGCGGCAAAACGGACGGUUUACCUAGUAAAUUCGCCCAAGGCUCUGCCAAUCAUCAGGGGUUUUUACGCGCGUUUCGCGGCGUACAAGCAAUCGUGGAUUUACUCAAACAACUCCUCACAGCCAACCAAUCGUUGUCAACACUUCUCAACCCGCUUUUAGCGCCAUCAUACUUUUUGUGUUGUCGGUUCUUGGUUGCCAGAUGGCGUCAGACACAUGAUGAGUCCUAUCGGAUUCAAUGGGGGUUGGUUGUUGACUUGCUUGGUCGUAUGGCGGAUAAAGGGUUUCAUCUCGCCAGGUUGUUUAAAGAUACUGUUGCACGGGAUGUGCAGACUGGAGGACCAGCGGGGCCUUUGGUUCAUUUGGGACUUGAGGAUGGAAUGGUAGAAUAA